AUGAACAAUAAAAUAGAGUUUGCUUUAAUUACCGGUGCAUCAAACGGAAUUGGUCUAGAAUUAUCACGAGUUUUUGCUAAAAAUAAUUAUGGUAUAAUUGCAGUUGCUAGGAAUAGGGACAAUUUAGAAAUUUUAAAGAAUGAAUUACAAAACUACGGUUCUGAAGUACACGUUUUGGUCGCCGAUUUAAGUGAUUUCAAUGAAAUCAAAAAAGUCGAGGCAGAAGUUGAAAACCAUAAGUGGAAUAUUGAUACUAUAGUGCUCAAUGCUGGACAAGGAUUAGGGGGUGAUUUCAUAGAACAUACUGAUUUAGAAGCAGAAUUGAAACUAAUACGUUUAAAUGUUGAUUCUUAUGUCCACUUAUCAAAAAUAUUUUUCCCUAAAUUGAUUGAAAGAGGUAGGGGGAGCGUUUUAAUGACUUCAUCUGUUUCUGGUACAACUCCUAUUCCUUAUGAAGCUGUCUAUGGAGCGACAAAGGCAUUUGUGAAUUCAUUUUUCUGGGCUGUUCGAAAUGAACUUAAGGGGAAAGGCAUAAAUAUGACUCUACUUAUGCCGGGAGCAACGGAAACAAACUUUUUUAUAAAUGCUGGCCUUGGAGAAACAACUAUUGGAUCUGGUGAAAAGGAUGAUGCAAGAGAUGUCGCUGAAAGAGCAUGGUAUGCAUUACAGAGCGGACAUGAAUAUGUUUAUGGUAGCGAGAAAGCAGAGUAUGAAGGUGAUGUUUUAAAUAGAAUUCAAAGCGAGCUGCAAAAAGCACAGAGGCAUCGGAUUGUCUCUGAGCCUAAGAAAUGA